GCUGCAGUAUGUCUCUCCCCCCCCCCUGGUCAAGAAGUAAGAUGCGGUCUUGUGCGUUUACAAAGUCGGAUGAUGAACAGGACGGAACUUCGGUAUGGGUAUGAAAUCUGAUUAGCAAGUGCCACCACCCACCUAAAUCUCCACCGGAAUGUGAUUGCAAUGGCUGCAAAACCGGAACAAUGGUACAACGCAGGGUGGUGACGAUCGGAAUGCAGCGAAUAUUGUUUAUAGAUCAGAUUGUGUUCGCUUGUUGCCUUACACUAGCUGCUGAACUCCAAAAAAAAUAAAAAAAAUUAGCGUACUAAAAAAAAAAAAAUAUCCUCCAGGCAACUCGGUCCAGUACUCCUCUCUCUCCUCUAAUUGUUAGUUGCAUUGCAUGGCGCUAUUAUUUACUACUACAUUCAAGGCAACGUCUGAAUUCUUUCAGGCCGGAUAUGCUUACGGUCUCUUCAUGUGGGGAAUCUAUUUGCUAUAUUGCAUUGGCGAGCAGAUCCACAGGGGCCUGGUUUACCUUCGACGCAGGCGCUUGACUAAUGGACAGGACGUUGCUCCCCUCAAGGUGAUUCCUGGAUGGCAGCGUGUCUUCAAAAGAAAAAUCGCUAUUCCAUUCAUCACCGACUGUAUCUCGGUCAUGGAGAUAUGCCAUAUCGUUGCUCUAUUGGCUAUCAAUUUGAUCUUCAUUUUCUUCGCUCCGUUCACUUUAUCUGGAGACUACAUGCUCCCGGUUGCUGACGUUUCCAAUCGACGAUGCGCUUAUGUGGGACUUGUCAAUUUCACAAUUGCCUUUAUCAUGGUCACUCGCAAUUCUAUCUUUUCCAAACUUUCAAGCCAUUCCUUUGACGAGCUUGUUCCAUACCAUCGCUGGUACACUAGGAUUGGACUUGCUGAGCAAGGCGUCCAUAUUGGAUAUCAAAUCUGGAAAGCCUAUAAUAGAUACGGAACCGUCAAAGCUUCUCUCUUUUAUAAUUUCGAGAUACAAACUGGUACUAUCGCAACCUUAGGAUACAUCAUUCUCUAUAUAACAUCCUUUGAGACUAUCCGUCGUCGUUACUUUGAGUUCUUCUACUACUCUCAUGUUUUCGGUAUAUUGCUCUCCACAGCUGGUGCUCUAGCCCAUGAAUAUGGCGAUAUGGCUAUCUUGGCUCCAGGCGUCUUUUUAUGGCUAGUUGACAGAGGCUUCCGAUACUACAAUUCCCAUUAUCAGAAGACUGUCACUAUUGCAGUGGAAGCAAACGAGAAGCAGACUUUCACCCGCAUUUUAUUCAAAAAGGAAGGUCUAGAAAAAAGCUUUAUUCCUGGUCAAUACGUCUUCGUGGCAAUCCGUCAAUCCAAGGGAUUCCGUAGAAUGUACGAAAGUUUGAACUGGCAUCCCUUUACUAUUUCAGAAAUCAUGACUGAAAGCGUCCAGCAACAGCAAGAAAAGUCUCUUGAAACUGGCAAAGUCAACGAAGUUGUGGAUGAUCUCCAAGAUGAGAAGUUUAAAAAGUCUCCUACCAACGUAUCUUCAUCACAUACUCCAACUUUGUCAUCGCAAAAUGAUAGUGAUGAUACGGCUGUAUCCUCUGGUUUUGCAAGCAUUCAUAUUAAAGGCAUCGGUAACAUGACAAAGCGAUUAUUCUCUGCCAGUCAAGCCAACGGUGAACAAAUCCAACUCAAGGUCGAUGGCCCAUUUGGUGCCAACAGCGUUUACUUCCAAGACUAUGAAACAGUCGUCUUAAUCAGCGCAGGCGUUGGUGUCACUCCUUCUCUGACUAUUUUGAAAGAUCUGGUUGAAAAACGAUCGAAGGGCUACGCAACAGUGAGAACCAAAACAAUUCAUUUUGUAUGGUCCAUUCGCGAAAUUGAACAUGCUGAAGCUUUUGUUUCCAUAUUGAAGGCUUGCCGGGAUCUCGCUGCCGUUUCCAUUCAACCGUUGGAUCUCAAGUUCGAGAUAUACCUCUCAGCGUCUCAAGACAAUGGCUCUGAGAUCUUCAAGGAUCUUGGAAAUAGCUUAACACUUCAUAACAAGAGAGCAAUUGUCAACGAAGUUAUGACCGAUAUUGCUAUGCAACAUACCAUCGAGCGAGUUGCUGUGCAAACUUGUGGCCCUGCCGGCUUUAUGCGCGAAGUGGAGAACAUUUCAUCGGCCAACGGCUGGAGUGUUCGAGCAGAAACGUUCCAAUUUUAAUUUUAUUUAUAAAAUAGCAUAUUAUCUACAUAGAGGCUUAUGAAUAUUGUUUUUAUCCAUUCAAAUUGAUAGCAUAAAGAGUAUCAUCUUCUGUACCUUUGUUUCAGC